ACAUCCGUUAACCGAUUCCCACUGGGAUUAUCCUAGACAAGGGGAAAAAGUCGCGUCCGAGCAGCCCGAUCCGCUAACCAAGAUAGAUCGACGGUUCAUCGGCGGCCUAAGAUCCACCUGGGAACGAUCAUGAUACUCACAAUUUUGUGCCUCGUUAUCGGGCGAUCUAUCGCUUCGCCGAUCGCCAACGUCUGGUUGAGUCCGGUACCGGGUCUUUCGCCGUUGAGGCAGUACCACAUACAAGACGGAUCAGGAUCUUACCAAUAUUCCUUCACAGGACCGCAUCAUGCCAAAGCGGAAUCUACUUUGGACGGCGUGACGCAGGGUGGAUAUUCCUAUAUCGAUGCGAACGGCAUAUUGCAAACGGUCUCGUACACGGCGGACGAUCAGAACGGGUUCAGGGUCAGCGCAAGCAAUUUGCCGCAACCUCCCAAGGAUGAACUGCAGACGAUACGGGACACGGCGGAGGUGGCCGCGGCGAAGAGAAAUCAUCUCGAGGAAUUGCAGAAGUCGCAUCAGACCAAUUGGCAGGAUCAGAAUCUCCUGUCGUACAAGAUCCUGCCGUCGUACUUCAGCUACGCUCAGCUCCAGCGGGAUAAAGGCGUCGACAAAGCCGAGUUGAAUUUGAACGCGCGAGAAACGGAGAGCACCAAGAAUCCGUUCCUGCUGUCAAGAUCGGAGGCGGAGAGGAUCGAUGUUCCCAAGCCAGAUCCAAGCCUCUCGAAGGUAUCACCUGCACCUACAAGUUCCACCACUGUUGCCUCGUUGUCACCCACUUUGGCAUCAUUGAGAGAGACUGUGCUUAUCAAGAACGACAGGCAGACGUCUAAUCAGAACGCUUUGCAGCUGGGAAAAUUGGUGCCGCUUGCCAGCAGCAUCCAGAGACCGAUUACCAUGCCUACGCCCUAUGUGUUUUCGGUGCUGCCUUAUAGAUUUCUUCACAGCUCACUUCAUCACACCCAGGACUCCCUGGGCCAGUACGAUUACAGUUACACCGGUGAUUCCAGCGCCAAGACCGAGUCCAGGUCGCUCGAUGGCACCACCAGGGGCGCGUACAGUUACAUCGAUCCUAACGGAAUCCUGCAGCAAGUGCAUUAUAUCGCCGAUCACAAUGGAUUUCGAGUCUUGGCGACCAAUCUACCCGAAGCGAAGUGAUGGUCCUGCCCGUGACGUAGGGAUUAUCUUGUCGGACGUGCAAACGCCUGUCUUCGAAGCGCGAUGUCGAUGCAAUAUCAAACGUUAAUACAAUAUGUUUCUUUCCUAAUCUUGACUUCGUUAAACACUGGAUUUCGAUCUGGCGAAAGAAUAAAGAAUCAAAUGUAUUUCUGAAUUUCCGAGCUUGCGAAAGGAAGAAUGCGGAAUAUAUUUUUCUUUUGCAUAUGUAAAAGAUUAAAAUAAAUACAAAUUUAUUACAUAUAUAUAUAUAUAUAUAUCAAGAAACAAGCUUCGAUAGAUAAGGAAGCGAAAGAGUGAAGUAACGUGGCUCGUUUAUUUAUUUGAUUAAUAUAAAAUGGGUCGGUCAUCCGGGCUCUUGAUUAAUUUUGUUAAUUGCUUGCAGUAGUUAGGAAACAAAAGGAAAAAAAGUAUCUGUUAGAAAAUUUAUAAAAUGCGUUGUCUUUUGUAAUAGAUAGCGGUGUCGGGGAUACGAGGAAAUACACAUCGCGAAUGCUUCUCGAGUUUGUUCGACGAUCAUUCCCACGGAAACGCGGAAGAACGGACUUGAUUCGCAUUCGAGUGUCCUCUUAAGAUUAAUUUUAUUUGUUCGUAAUGUUAAUUAAGCUUACUUGGCGAUCGCGGUCUCUAUCAGAUAAAUUAUUUUGCCGUGGAAUAUUCUUUUUUCAUUGUCUUCCAUAUGAUUAUAAUACAUAAGAAUAUUAGUGAUUUUCAAGAUUGUUACUGCACUUAUCGAGAUCACAUCUCGUAAAUACAGAUUAGAAAUGCAACCUCUAA